AUGUCGACGUCUAUGGAUCCAAGUGAAAUUGAUCAAAUCGUCAACGUGAGAGUAGCUGCAGAAUUAAGGCGUAUUCAAGAAUUGGAUGACGAGAUUUUUUCGAGAGCAGAGGCACAAGUCAGACAGGAGUAUCCGGAUAGUGGCGUGAAUUCUGUUGUGGUUGAACGGGACAUUGAGGAACUAAUCGGAAGAAUCGAGAGAAAAUAUGACAAUAAAGGUUCUGCAGGCGUAGCAGAACAACGAAGAGCUGUCAUUGAAUGUUAUAGGCAGAAUAAGAAUAGAACAUUAGACUGUUGGUAUGCAGCAUUCGAAUUCAGGGAGCAUGUUAAUAAACUCAGCCAGGAAUAUGUUGCAGGAACCAAUAAAUCAUAA